UUUUCCAUUUCCCCCUCAUUUUCUUGGACUGUUUCUGUUUGUUUCUUCAGAAAAAAUAAAUCCCAAAUUAUUACAAAUCCUUUUACACACACACAAUGGCUGUGAAGAAGGUUACAUGGAAAUCUCUAAUAUUAAUCUGUUGCACGAGCAAGGAGUCUUCUGUUGAUUCUGUUACUGGGAAAAAGGUUUUGAAACCAUGUCAGUUCCAACGAUUAUCACUUUCGGAUGUCGCUGAUCCAAGCUCACGGAUUGGUGUCGACGAUCUCCCGGUGUCUCUUAUCGGCUCGAAUCUUCACGUCUUCACUUUAUCCGAGCUGAGGCUAAUAACCCAUAAUUUCGCACGGUGUAACCUGCUCGGUGAAGGCGGGUUCGGACCGGUUUACAAGGGGUUUGUCCACGACAAGCUUAGGCCUGGGCUAGAGGCUCAGCCUGUGGCUGUGAAGGCACUUGACUUGAAUGGCUUGCAGGGUCAUAGGGAGUGGCUGGCUGAAAUCAUAUUCCUUGGACAACUUAGGCAUCCUCAUUUGGUCAAGUUGAUCGGUUAUUGUUACGAAAACGAGAACCGGCUCCUCGUGUACGAGUACUUGCCGAGAGGAAGCUUAGAGAACCAACUCUUCAGAAGGUAUUCGGGGACAUUGCCAUGGUCGACUAGGAUGAAAAUCGCUUUAGGGGCGGCAAAAGGCUUAGCCUUCCUACAUGAAGCUGAUAAACCAGUGAUAUAUAGAGACUUUAAAUCUUCAAACGUCUUAUUAGACUCGGAUUACAAUUGUAAACUAUCGGAUUUCGGGUUAGCUAAGGACGGUCCGGAAGGAGGAGAGACGCACAUAACGACCCGAGUGAUGGGGACGCAAGGGUAUGCUGCGCCAGAGUAUAUCAUGACCGGCCACUUGACAGUAAAGAGUGAUGUUUACAGCUUCGGAGUAGUUCUCUUGGAAUUGUUAACUGGGAAGCGGUCUAUGGAUAACAUCCGCCCGAGUCGGGAGCAAAGCCUUGUGGAAUGGGCAAGGCCACUAUUGAGGGACCACAAGAGGCUUGACCGAGUGAUUGACUCUAAACUCGAGGGACAGUUUUCCAACCGGGGGGCUCAAAAGGUGGCUACAUUGGCUUACAAAUGCUUGAGCCACCACCCGCAACUGAGGCCUUCGAUGGGUGAUGUGGUCAAGGUCCUGGGAUCCGUACAAGGGUUCGACGAUGAAUUCGUUGGACCAUUUGUGUAUGUGGUGCCUACUGAAACCGAUGACAGCAAAGAAUUCCUUGCGAAGAAAGAAGAUAGGGAUUGCAACGGUGAUAAUGGUCUGCACCGUCGCUGUUGGCGGAGUCGGAUCAAAUUGCCUCUUGCUUCGGUAGCUAAUGCCGAAUCUCCGUGUAGCAUAUGACUAUACCAGAAUUUACAUAUUUAAGUUGUAGAUAUUGUCAAGGAAACAGA